UGUGAACUUCCGGGUCAUAUAGAACGCCGACUGAUGAGUGGAUUGAAACGAUCGGAAUCGAUCUUCUCGGAAGUAGUAGACACGUUUAACUUUUCAAUUUUAUAGUCAUUUUAAUUUAAAUUAUUUAAAAUGUCAGGAAAAAUAAAGAAAGACAAAGAUUUGAAAUCACAAGAAAAAUUUCAGGCGGUUUUAUCUUCAUUAUUACGAGAAGAAAACAACAAGUAUUGUGUAGACUGUGAUGCAAAAGCACCAAGAUGGGCGUCAUGGAAUCUAGGUGUUUUCCUUUGUAUCCGAUGUGCUGGUAUCCAUAGAAACCUCGGUGUCCACAUAUCUAGAGUCAAGUCAAUCAACUUGGAUACCUGGACAGAAGAGCAAGUUGAUAGUGUGGAAAGUGUUGGCAACACCCUUGGACGCAGGAUAUAUGAAGCCAAUCUUCCAGCCACAUUCAGAAGGCCUCAGACGGAUUCGGCUUUAGAUAAUUUUAUUCGUGACAAAUAUGAAAGAAAACGCUACAUGGAUAAAUCAAUUAUACCGACCAAACAAAAGAAGAAGGAAGACAGAGAUGCAGAAAAGGAAAAGAGACGAGCUAACAAAAAGACCGAAGUGAAGUCCCAAGUGCCACUAAGUGCGGUAGCGAAACCUAGACAGCAAGCAGCUAAACCAGUUCCAGUGGUUCAGGCACCAGUUGCUCAACCAGCACCUGCAAAACCACCCCAAGCACCUGUUCAAACCAGUGCCGCAGUGGACCUUUUAGGCCUGGCUCGUCCCUCUACUUCUAGCUCCCCUCUUAGUAAUGAACCAGCUAGUAUACUGCCAAGUGACUCCCCUGCAAAUGGACCAAGUAUAGCUCCCACAUCCCAAGAUCAAAAUUCCAAUGCCUUUGAUUUGUUAGGCAUGGCAUCUCCUCCAGAAGAUCCCCUAGUAGCGUCUCUACAGCCUCAACCCUCAGCUUGUCCACCACCUGUCCUAGUUCCUGAUAAUCCCCAGCCUAAACCUGUUUCCCAGACCACCAGUAAUGUAGCAAGCAAUGAGGAUAAUCUAUUGGGAGAUGAUGCCAAUUCCACAUCUGGCAAAGCUGCACAGAAAACUAAGGAUUCCAUUAUGGCUCUCUUUGACUCGGGCUCUACACAACAGCAGCCAUUUUAUAAUGUUCCAGGUGGAGUAUAUAUACCACAACAGCAACAGCAGCAGCCGCAGCAAUUUAUGGUAAAUGGAACACAUCCACAGCAAGGGAUGAUGGGUAAUGGAGGGAUGUCUGGUUAUCCUGUGCAGGCAACACCUACAGCCACCGGGAUGAACACCCAACCAAUGGUGAUGAACAGCACCCCCAUGAUGGGUAAGCAAGGAAUAGUUCAGAACCAGAGCAUGAUGACCGGUCAUGCAAUGAUGCCAAACCAAGGUAUGAUGGGCCAAAUGUAUGGAGGACCACAAAAUUCACAGCUGUAUUUACAACAGCAGUACCAAGUACAACCAACAGGCCAGCAGUUCCAGCAACAAAACAAACAAUAUCAACAAGAACAACAGUUUCCAACACAGACAGGGCAACAAUUCCAACAAACACAGCAAUUUCAUACACAAACUGGGCAACAAUUUCAACAAAACAUGCAGUAUGUCAAUCAUACAGAGACACAAAGCCAGCAACACCAAAUGCCACUCUUUCAACAAAAGAUGGCAACACAAAACACACAGUUACAGUAUCCACAGCAACAAAUGAUACAGCAACAUUUUCAACAACAGUAUUUAGGUUCAAGUCAGCAACAGCAGAGUCAGCCUGCCACCAGUGGAAUGAGCUACCAGGCACAACAAAUGAGACAGGCUCAGCAGUUUCAACAACUGCAACAGGUACAACAACAGCUACAGAAUAUGGGCAUCAAUGCCAAUGGGCAAGCACAAGGAAAUUGGGUGCAGCCAGGUAUCCCAGCUGCUGCUGGUGGGGGUAGCCAUACAUGGGGGCAGACUACAGGGCAGACACUCAGCACAAAUCUAUGGAAAUAAAUAGAUAACUAUUAUUGUCAAACAAAAUCAAUUGUAUUUUCACAGUCAAGAUAGGUAUUAACCUCUCAAAUUGAUAUUAUAAUUCAUUUUUAGCCCUCAUUCAUCCAAGCCUGUUGAAAAUAUGAAAAUCAAGAUUUGUUCAUCCUUGAUUGGCAGUGAUACUGCUUGUAGCCACUGCUGUAUGCCUUUGUUGACCACUGAACGUGGGCUGCUUGCAUACCUAAUACAAUAAGAGUUAUCAAAUAAAUAAAAAAAAAUUUUAAAAAAACACUUUGUAACUUGAAUAAUCAGUGUUUGGUAGAGUAAAAAGUAUAUCAAUUUGUAUGGAUAUAAACACAAGGAUAAGAAUCACUGCAGACUGAUAUGUCUGCUUCCCUCUAAAAAGCCUGAAAUCUCAUCUUGAGCCGAGUAAGCAAUGUUAGGUAAUUCUUUGAUUAUGUCUAAAUUCAAAGUACAAUAUUUUUUUCUCUAUUCCAUAAAGAUAGUAUAAACCUAUAUAUUCCUUUGGAUUUAAAUGAUUCUUUUAUAUCUUAAAUUUUAAGCAAUUUUCUUUCCUGAAAUUACAGUAUAUAUUUUGGUUAAAAAAAAUUACAUUUGCUAAAAAACAAUAAUUAUAGAAUAUAUAUUGUUAAUUUGUUAGGUUUAAGUUUUAGGAUUGUUUCAUGUUUUGCAUGUGAAAAUUCAGUGUCUAGGUAGCAUUGGAUAACUAACUGGAUUCAGAAACUUAUUUGAAAACUUAUUAAAAGGUUAAAUUUUGAUUUUAUUUAGACAACACAUAAGAUAAAUUUAUAUAAAUAUAUUGUGCUUGUGUUUAAAAUAGCCUAAAAAAUAACUGGAUAAAUAUGUAUGAUAGCUUAAAAUGUACAAAACCUGGCAUUCUAUUUUAGUACUUAUGUGGAACAAAUUAUUAAGUUAGUGUAUACAGCUGAGAAUAUAAUAGUGGUUGGAAUCUUUAAAGCUUAGUUCUAGAGCUAAAACUUGAUCAAAGCUAUCUCCUCAUUGUGUAAUGGAAUCCCACCAUUUAAGCGUUUUAAGAUUCUAAAGCUAACUUGGCAUUUAGUGGUCACAUUUCACUAGUUAUUGACACAGUUAAUCACUUUUAUUGCUAUUCCUAACUGUGAUGUGUUUUGGGGUGAAAGGAUUUAUUAUCCCAACUUGUAUAGUUAUUUUGCAUUACAUGUUGAUAGCACACAUUCACAAAUGUUGCUAGUGAUCAGUGGUGGCAACAGAAGUAACCUGAUGCUAAGCUGUAAGACCAGGGGCUCUGAUGAUUUCCGAUAGAAUCUAAAUGGGGUCAAUGGAUAAGUCCUAGUGGGAGCCCAGGUGCCACGGGCCUUCGUGCCUAAAAGUAAAUAAGCAAUUUUGGGCCAUUUUAAGAUGUUCUGAGAUAUUUUAGCAGAUGUGGCUGACAGGGGGUUGGCCUAUUGGAUUGGGCUUAAGUAGCUGCCUCUCCCACCUUGCUGUUUCCCCCACAGGUACUGGUGCAGCAGAUAUUUGCAAGAUAAACAGAAUCACCAGGAAUGCAUAGGGCCUUUAAAAUCAGAAAUACGAAUGUUUGUAUAGGAAAAUUGCACAUGUUUCAACAUUGUUCUUUGAUAUGCAAAUUAUAAAAAUGUAUACUGUAAUUGCAAUUGUAUAGUGAAUGUCCUUAGGUGUGCUUGGAAUACUAAUCUUUGAAAUCUUGUAGACAACCUGCAAGGCCUGAUUUGUAAAUGUGUAAUCUUUAACCAAUCUUUAAAUUGGCAACAAAUGUUAGAUUUAUUCAUGGUAGACUAUACCUAGAAACAGUUGAAAUUUGUAAAUAUGUUUACGUUUGUACAGAAUUAUUGGUUGAUGUUGUCUUUUUCAAAUGUUUUUCUAAUCUUGGAAAAUGCAUUCCAUUUGACACCGCUCUACCUUUAUUUUUUGACUGUAUCAAUUCCAUCUGUAUAGCUUUCGAAUUGAGUAUUAUACCUACCUGUAAAUGAUAGAAUAAUUCUAUACCCUAUUCUAAUAUUAACUUUACCUUUAAAAUAGGUUACAGAUUACAUCCUAUUAAUACACUUUGACAAAUGAAUGUAAUCUGUGGCUAUGAUCAGUGGCUGACUUGCACCAAUUUUAAGCACUAUCUGCAGGUUGCAGACAAAUAAAAAAGAAACAUGGGCUCGUAAUGUUAACAGAAGGAUUACUAAUAAAGGGUCAUUGGGUUAGAAAUUUUGGGGGUAUUUCUCUGGGCUUAAAAUGUUAUCAGUGGUCCAUCCAUUAUCUGAAAUGUGAUAACAGGUCACAAAUUGUGUCUUGGAUGUAAAUUUAAAAUUUGGUGUCACUUUAUUUUAGUUAAUAUUCUGUGAAAAAUGUUUAAAUAACAUAAGGAUGCUUUUAUGUGAAUAUUAUAACUACUGUACCAUUUAUUUGAUUGUGUUGUAAAAGUAUGUCAGCCUGUGUCAAAAAGACAAGCAGCAGUAUAUUAUAGAAAUAAACAAAAG